AUGUUAUAAGAAUUAUAAUCAUUAAAAGAGAGGAAAGAGAGUUUAUAGAAAUAGAGAAUUGCUUUAGAAGAAGAAUUGAAUUAAUUGUUAAGCUAUUUAGAAUAAGGUUCAAAGAAACUUAGUGAUGCUUAUAAUGUUAAAUGUUAGAGCACAGAAUUUGAGAUCAAAAAGAAAGAAAUAUAGAAAUAGAUGGAAAAAGAGAGUUAAGAAAUAGUAAAGAAUUAGCAAUAUUGCACUGAUUAAUAAAGAGUUUAUAAAGAGAGAGCUGAUUGGAUUGAUAAAUUUAAUGAUAAAUUAAAGGAAGACUUUAAAUCAUGUUAAAAAAAAGAGUGAGUUAUGCUUAUAUUUCAUAAGGGAAACAAUUUAGAUUAGAAGUACAGUAGCAAAAGGAAUAAAACGAUUGUUUCUAUUGUAGUUAUGUACAAUUUUCUUUGACAAGGAAAAUUAAAGACUCUUGUGGGGAUUGCAUAAGAUCAAAUAUCUAAAUGAUGUUUAAUAAAAUAUGUCAAAUUAAGAAGAGGAUUAAUUAGCUACUUCUUUGGGUUAUUUAGGAUUAUUAUUAUAAUAAAUAGCAAAGAUAAAGGGUGUAACAUUGAAAUAUGAAUUUAAAUUUAAGGGAAGCAAGAGUUAUAUUCAAUAAUAAAAUGAGUAAAUAUAAUUAUAUUUGAAUAUUAUAGUACUUUGUAUUUAUUUAGUUAAAAACCAUCUAAUAUGAAAAUAUUGAAAUAAAGUUAUGGAUUGCUGAUUCAAAAUUUAUAUAUAAUAAUGGAAGAAUUGAGUGUAUAGAAAUAAUGGAGAAUUCAAUCAUUACCAGCUAUAAUAGGUAAAAUAGGAGAGAUGUUAUGGGUAGAUGCUUGA